AUGGGGGAUCAUACAACAGUUGCCGAAGUCCAAGUUGAUGAUAACGCGCGCUCAGACUCUGAAGAUUCCUCCUACGACGCUGACUCCAUAACAGACAGCGCGUCCAUCGCCAGCAGUGUUCUCAAAUACAACUGGAAAAAUGGUCGGCGCUAUCACAGCGACAGAGCUGGAGAGUACAGCUUUCCUAAUGAUGAUGAAGAACAGGAUCGUCUCGAUAUGGUUCAUCACGUCUUUACUCGGCUGAUCAAUGACCGCCUUUUCACAGCACCCAUCGAUCCAGAGGGUGCGAGGGUACUCGAUAUCGGCACAGGAACUGGUCUCUGGGCGAUACAAUUUGGAGAUAAACAUCCAUCCGCUGUUGUAAUCGGGAACGAUCUCAGCCCAAUCCAACCAGAUUGGGUUCCCCCAAAUGUCAGGUUCAUCAUCGACGACGUUGAGGCGGACUGGGUAGAUCCAGUUCCUUACGACUAUAUUCAUUGCAAAUACAUGGCUGGCUCUAUCAAAGAUUGGCCGCGGCUCAUCAAGCAGGCCUACGCGAGUCUGAAGCCCGGAGGAUGGAUCGAGCUUCACGAAACAGCCAACACAUUAUAUUCUGAAGAUGACUCGCUUCAACCAGAUAACGCCCUCGUCGAAAUGAUGGAGCAUCUGACAGUAGCCUGUGAAAAGAUUGGUCGAACAAUGGACCCUGCACCAUCGUUUAAACAGUGGGUCGGGGAGGCUGGGUUCGAAAGUGUGAAAGAAGACAGAUUCAAACUCCCUAUCGGUCCUUGGCCAAAGGAUGAACGACUGAAAGAAAUUGGCACGCUUAUGGGAAUCAACAUGAUCGAAGGAGUGGCUGCGUUCACAGCAGUGCUAUUUACGGAAGUGCUGGGAUGGUCGCGUGAACGAGUCGAGCUAUUCAACGCGCGAGUCAGACAGGCAUCGCGACAGCGAUCAGUCCAUCCGAUUUUCGACUGUUUGGUAGUGACUGGUCGGAAGCCAGGGUAACAAGCGACCCUAUGGAAAUAAAUCGGGUCUUUCUUUAAGGGCCGAAUCUGUGGGGUAUAUCCAUAAGUCGACUAGUCUCCGCGGCUUUACAAGCGAGAUGGACACUGCAAUGAUACUAAAACAUGGGGUAUCUUGAUUUUGGACCCACGGAAGAUGGAUCUUCUUCUCAAAAUGAGGGGGAAUUGGUCGGAUAUGGGGUGCUUUAUGUAUCGGGAGCGAUGAGUCGAUGCCGUGAACAGGAACCGCAGGGCCAAGAACUGGGGGUUUGGAUGCUGAUCACUUGGAUCCAUGAAAGGCCUAAGAUUCAUGAUAAAUUGCGGCCUUCUCCACUAGGAAUGAGAUAGAAAGAUAGCUUGAAC